ACAGCCACACACACCACGCUCCCGGCUUUGAGAGAUCGAUCGAAGCGACCAAAAAGCUAGCCCGCUUGCAUGGAAGGCUUGAAACCCAUCGUCUUGGUUAACUCCCUCAAAACCGUCGAAAAGGCGGUGAUCCUCUGGCACAGUAACCGGAGCGGCCUUCGCCUCGUCCUCGUCGGAUUGUUUCUGCUCAACCUGGCGCUGACGGCGGCGAUGGUGAAGCUGGCCAGACAGCCCGUCAACCUGGAUUCUGUGCGGCCCUUCUUCGAAAUAGCCGUCAACUCGACCACCACGGGGGUGGGAGCCGGGGUGGACGCCUCGCUCUCCUGGCAACCCAGAUCCUUUGCACACGUAGGCCUAGGGGAAUUCUUCACCGUGUUAUCAAUGAGUGCGGCCAUCAUUUCCUUCUCCUACACACGUAACCGUAAUCUUCCAGAUAACGGGUCACGGAGGAAAUUCAAGAGACUGUGCAGUCUCUUAUUUGCCGGUAUUGGCAUGUUCUUCUACAUAUCAGCAGUUGUGGACUAUCUUGACCUGGACGAUCGCAAGUCCCGCUAUUUCCAAGAACUCUUCGAAUUCUUAUACAUGCUCACCAUUGUUGUUGCUUCAAAAGAAUACACAUCUGGGUUGCUCUCUGCAGCCAACAAGGCAUGUUUGCUCGCCGGGGGAAAGUUCUUGGAGAUAAUUGUGUUGGGUACAAUGACUUUGGUCGUCCAGGACAGUCUGGAUGAUAUCUACGUGGAUGGAAUGCAUUUAUUAUAUCGAAAGGAGCAAGAGGAGACAUCUGACUUAAGGAAGGGCACGGUCGCUAAAAUCUUCUUGAUCUCCAUCGCCCCAGCCUUGCUCACUCUCGUGCUGCAGGUAUUCCAAUGCUCGGUGAUCUUGGCGUUUUACGGUGAUGGCAGACUCCCAGAGGAACAGCAGGGCGAUGGCAACGAUUCCUCGGACGAUGGCGGGAGUGACGGCAGCUCGAGUGACGGAGGCAAAAAGACCAACUAAGCCGCGCGCGCGUGUGUGGCAGUCGUGACGGUUGUGGCGAAGGAAUGGCAUGGCCGAAAGGCCAUUCUCCAGUUGUUUUGCUGAACCCACUGCUGCCACGCUAAUACAGCUGCUAGCAGCGGCUGUAGUGUAUCGACUAGAUGAAGAACGAAUACUCUUCUUCAACUUGUUAUUUCGGCAACAUAUGACUGUUGGUGUAUACCCUUUCCUAUAGUUUGAAUUUCUAAACGAGUUGACUGAAGCAUGAAUUCAGCAACUUAGUUUGUUGUUA